UACACUCCAGCUUUCAAUAUGGCGACACAGUACAUGUACAAGCUACUAGUAUAUGUAUCAAUGUAUUGUACGCUAGUUGAUCAAGCUGAAAGUAUCAAACCUAUCAUUUUCAUGCAUGGAAUCAUAGCUGCACCUGAUGAAGCUGACCCGCUGAGGGGGUUUGUCGAGGAGGCAUUCCCCGGAACCAAUGUAACUGCGAUAGAUGCCUUCAACCAUUUACAAAGCGUGGUGCCAAUGUGGACACAGAUCAACACCAUUAAGGAAAUGGUCAGGGAAAGCUUGGUAAAUAGCCCAGAGGGGGUCAACCUCAUCUGUUUCUCGCAAGGCGGAUUGAUAUGCAGGGGACUGCUUUCUGUACUGCCUCACAACGUAAACAACUUCAUCUCCGUCAGCUCACCACAGGCAGGGCAGUUUGGAGACUCGAUGUAUUUGAAGUACUUUUUUCCGAACUACCUCAAAGAAAACGUGUAUAGGUUUUUCUACACGGAAGGGGGACAGCAGUGGUCGAUAGCCAACUACUGGCACGAUCCCCACCAGGAGGCGCUUUACACGCAGUAUAACAAGUUUUUAGCAGCCUUAGACAACGACACUGCCACGCCUAAUGCAACCCUUUAUAAAAACAAUUUUCUGCGAUUGAAGAAACUGAUAAUGAUAGGCGGGCCUGACGACGGUGUGAUCACUCCCUGGCAGUCAAGCCAAUUUGGAUUUUAUGAUGCCAAUGACACAGUGGUACCAAUGAAAGGACAGAAGUUCUAUGAGCGGGACUCGUUUGGACUGAAGACGCUUGAUACCCGAGGUGACAUUGUCCUCCACACCGUACCCGGUGUUCAGCACACUCACUGGAUGAAGAACAGAACGGUGUUUGAAAAGUACAUCAAACCGUGGCUGACAGGGUAGCCGAGAACGCGUUCAACCUGGAUAUACCGUUGGAAUACCUACUAGCAAAUAAGCUAAUUAUACAAAUUAAUAUUUAGGUGAUAUCGUAAUUUAUAAAAAUAGGAAUUUGUCGGUAUUUCCUUUUUCGACACAGAAGGUAAAAUAUGGUUAUCGUGAUAUGUAUAUAUGUGUUUCGAAAACAAAAUGAAAUAUUUUGGUUUUAAUUUGCGUUCGAGUGAUAUUUACAAUUACAGAAACAGAAACGUUUUGUAGAGUUAAUCUUAUGAAUGACAAAUAUGAACGUUAAUUUACUCUGGUGUUGCUUUCA